CAGAGUCAUUCUGAAUCGGCAGGAAAGGAAAGGGAGAAAUUGCAGGCUUGAAGGCCAGGAAGAAGGAGGUUGCAGGAGACUAGAAAAGAGGUGACCAGAAUAUGGACAAAAUUCCUCUUUCUGUCUCUUCAGGUAAUGAAAAGAGAUGUUGGAUCAAGAUGGAGAAAUCUCGGCAGGAAGAGAUUUUGCCAGGAAAAACACACCAGGUGUUAACAGAAACAUGCCAUUGGAAUUUUCCUGUGACAACUGAAAUGCAUGAGCUGAGAUGUGAGUCCAAACAGCCGCAGAAGAAAAAGCCAGUGGGAAGAGAGAGAGAAUGCAAAGGCCUUGCAGAAGAUCUCAUAGAUGUUUAUAGCAAAACCUCUGCACUGCAAGUAGAGGGGGAGAAACCAUUGUUCUCCAAGCAUGGGAGAAAAUACUGCUACAAGCCAGAUGUUGUGACAUACCCUGGGGAGAAGCCCGUUGAAUGUCCCGCAUUGAUGGAAGAGAUCCAGACAAAAUGUUGCCUUCAUAAACCUCAGGGAGUCUGUACAGGAGAGAAACAAUAUGUACUCUCCACAUGUGGGGAAAGUUUACAUCAGACAGACUAUGUCAUAGGGGACCGAAACAGUCAUCUAGAAGAGAAAUUUUAUGAAUGUUCAGAAGAUGGAAAAAGCUUGAGACAUGAACAGAUAUUGCAGAAAUAUCAGAAUACAUAUGCAGAAAGGAAGUUCCAUGAAUGUUCUACUUGUGGGAAAAGCUUUACUUAUAGAGCAGAAUUAACCAGACAUCAGAGAAUUCAUACCGGACAAAAACCAUAUGAAUGUCCUGAGUGCAGGAAACACUUCAGUCGGAGAGAGAACUUGAUGAGACAUCAGAGAAUCCAUACUGGGGAGAAACCAUAUGAAUGUUCUCAAUGUGAGAAAUGCUUCACUCAGCGAGGAGAUUUGAAAAAACAUCAAAGAAUUCAUACUGGAGAGAAACCAUACAAAUGCUUUCAGUGUGGGAAAUGCUUUGGACGGAAGGAACACUUAAUUGGUCACCAGAGAAUCCAUACUAGAGAGUAUCCGUUGAAAUGCCAUGAAUGUGGGCGAGGCUUUUCUCGGAAAGAUAUGUUAAUCAAGCACCAGAGAACACACAGAGGACAGAGGUCUUACGAAAAGCCCAAGUGAUGAAAAGAGAUGUUGGAUCAAGAUGGAGAAAUCUCAGGAGGGAGAGACUGUGCCAGA